AUGUGAUUAGCUUUCCCCGUCUUUGAGGGGGAUGGGGACGAGCGCGUUUACGCCCAGGUGGAGUUUGCUCAGAUUAAGGAGCUAGCGGAGGCGGUCAGGAAGUACGGAACAAAUGCCAACUACACCAUUUCCCUGCUUGACAGGCUAGCGCGGGAUCGAAUGACCCCCAGGGAUUGGCAGGACGUGGCCAAAGCCACGCUACCCAAUAACGGGAAAUUUCUAGAGUGGAAGGCCCUCUGGUAUGAUGCAGCUCAGGAUCAGGCUCGCCUUAACCGCAACGCCCGCGAUGCCGCACAGCAUGCGUGGACCAGUGACAUGCUUACUGGCCAGGGCGUCCAUGCAGAGGAUCAGAUUAACUUACCCUGGGGAAUAUAUCCCCAGAUAUCCUUGCUUGCCAUAAAAGCCUGGAAAGGCCUUUCCGUAAAAGGUGAGACAGGUAACCAACUCACAAAGGUCAUUCAGGGGCCUCAGGAACCCUUCUCUGAUUUUGUUGCACGCAUGACGGAGGUGGCGAGUCGCAUUUUUGGUGACUCGGACGCAGCGACUCCCCCUUAUUGA